GACGGGCCUGGGCUGACUGAGUGCCCUGCGCAAUCAGACUUUGAGAUCCGUUUUUAGGAUGCCCUUUAAAAGUGGCGGAGUCGCUUCCCAAACCUGGUUCGGCCAGCCUCUUUUUCGCUCCCGACUCCCAAAGUAUCUGGUCUUCCCUACUUCCCGGCCCUCAGCUUCACGAUUUGGAGUUCUUGGAGUGAGAGAAAUCCUCUUGUUACAGCACAGUAGAGAAGAUUACAAAUGGCAGAGCCAUUUAAGUGUGGUUAGCUGUUGGAUUCUGAUACUUUCUUAAAAUUAGCUUCUUGCACCAACAUCUUCAUUGGAAAGCGUUCAGAAAAAGUAGCAGAGAAGAAAGACAACAUUGACAUUUACCAUGGCAAUACCAAUAACAGUGCUUGACUGUGACCUUUUGCUGUAUGGCCGAGGUCACCGGACACUGGACCGUUUUAAGCUGGAUGAUGUGACUGAUGAAUACUUGAUGUCCAUGUAUGGGUUUCCUCGACAGUUCAUUUAUUACUUGGUGGAGCUCUUGGGGGCGAAUCUUUCUAGACCUACUCAGCGAUCCAGGGCUAUUAGCCCAGAAACACAGAUCCUUGCAGCAUUGGGUUUUUAUACCUCAGGUUCCUUCCAGACUCGGAUGGGAGAUGCUAUUGGAAUCAGUCAGGCAUCUAUGAGUCGUUGUGUUGCCAAUGUCACCGAAGCACUUGUGGAAAGGGCCUCACAGUUCAUUCGCUUUCCAGCUGAUGAAGCCUCCAUACAGGCCCUCAAGGAUGAAUUCUAUGGGUUGGCAGGGAUGCCAGGGGUGAUGGGGGUGGUUGACUGUAUCCAUGUGGCCAUCAAGGCACCAAAUGCUGAAGACCUCUCCUAUGUGAACCGGAAAGGCCUGCAUUCUUUAAACUGCCUGAUGGUGUGUGACAUCAGAGGGGCACUAAUGACGGUGGAGACAAACUGGCCUGGCAGCCUACAGGACUGUGCUGUGCUGCAGCAGUCUUCCCUCAGUAGUCAGUUCGAAGCCGGUAUGCACAAAGAUAGCUGGCUUCUGGGUGACAGUGCCUUCUUUCUCCAUACCUGGCUCAUGACCCCACUUCACAUUCCUGAAACUCCAGCAGAAUAUCGCUAUAAUAUGGCCCAUUCUGCAACUCACAGUGUGAUUGAGAAGACUUUCCGAACCCUCUGCUCCCGAUUCCGCUGCCUGGAUGGAUCCAAGGGGGCACUGCAGUACUCACCAGAGAAGUCCAGCCACAUCAUCUUGGCUUGUUGUGUCCUCCACAAUAUCUCCCUGGAGCAUGGGAUGGAUGUUUGGUCCUCUCCAAUGACAGGACCCAUGGAACAGCCCCCUGAGGAAGAGUAUGAGCACAUGGAGUCCCUGGACUUGGAGGCUGACCGUAUUCGUCAGGAGCUAAUGCUCACUCAUUUUAGCUAAUGUAGAAGGUGGAAAGGAGGGAGACUUCCGAGGAGUUGUGUCAGACUUUCCCCCUCAUCACUUUCUACAGUUCCAUCAUCUAGCAUGACUGAGUAUACAGAUACUUGUCAUAAACUGACAUUUAAUCUGUGUGUUUUGGUAAAGUUGGGGCUAUGCCAGUAUAUCUUGGUUCAUUUGCAAAUGCAUUAACUAAACCAAAACCCAAACAGCGG